UCCCAACGAGAGCAACGACCAAUCUACCUAUCCAAAAAACCACUUUGCCAGUAAAUGGCAUUAUUAAUAUUAUACGUUGUGGCUGGGGAAAAGGUUCAGGGGUAUUUUUGGUAACCCACAAAAUAAUUAGUGGAGUUCACUUGCCCCACUUAACAUCCCACCUGGCCCUGCCUUGCCUUUAUAAGAAGCAGUGCCGCCGUUGAGAGCAAGGUACCUGGACAAAGUUGCAGCAUUUCACUCCAACACAUCAUUUCCUUUGUCAUUCCUGAUACCAGAAACCCAAGGUUUUUAAUCGCGAAAUCAUUUCAUGGAAAACAAAUAUAUACAUAUAUAUUUUUUUUUAUGUUUCGAGGUAUUUUAUUUUCUUGUAUUUUUUUUUUACAUAUAGUGACCGAAAAUGGAGAAGGCGACGAGCUUGUCGGGAUUGGUGAGGACGAAAUCGGACCAACUGGUGGAGACACUAGCGGCGGCGUUCAAGUCCCCGCCGCCGUCGGUGGCGGCGGGGUCAGGAGGGAGCGGUGAGGUGUCGGAGAGCGUAGGAGCGUCGAGGAGGUCGAGCCGGAGGAUGACGGGGGCGUCGCCGGGAAGAAACGGCGGCAAGAACACGCACAUCCGCAAGUCCCGGAGCGCGCAGAUGAAGUUCGAAGUGGAGGAGAUGAUCAGCAGCGGAGCGGCGCUCAGCCGAGCUUCCAGCGCCAGCUUGGGGCUUUCCUUCUCCUUCACGGGCUUCAACAUGCCCCCCGACGACAUCAUUGCCGAUUCCAACCCCUUUAGCGACGACGACAUACGUAAGUCCGCCUCCCGUUCUCUUUCUUAUAUUUUCCAUAUUACGUGUUUAUCUCAUUUUUAGCCACAACUAUCCUGUUAAAUAGGGACGAAACUAAUAUAAUUAUCCAACUGACCAUACGAAAACCACAAUAUAGUUCAUCAUCGGGGAAAAAGGGAGCAUGUUGUGAAGGUUUGUAAAUGAUAAAAAAAUAUGAAUUUUUUUUUGGGGUAAAAAAGGGUGCAAAAUUAAUAGCAUUAUGAUAUGUAACCCAAAUCAAUCUUAACUUAAUUAAAAGGUCUAAAAAAACCCAACAAAUACCUUGCUUCUAAUUAUACCAAAGUUAGGCUACAAAAUUAUAUAGACAUCAUAGUAAAAGAUACAAUUUUCAAUUGUGUUUGAUCGCCAAAACGGUUAAUCACUGUACUUUUUACCGUUUCUUUUAACCACUUUUUAGUUUCUGGCGUGAUGAAUUAUAUGAAAAGGAAAAGUGAAUAAUAGUAUUUUGGGGAGAAAUGGAAAUUGAGGAGGAGAGGAAAUAUGGGUGGUGGAGGUUGGAUAUGAGGUUUGGUUUGGCCGGAACCAAAUUAAACCGAACUUUCUUCAAUUCAAUCAAACUGUACACGCACUAUUGUGUUGUUGCAUUCAACCAAUCCCUCCUUUGUGUGAGAUGGAAAGAGAGGGUUGGAGCUUAGCUUUUAAUUUUGGGUGUCACGCGUAGACAGAUAGAUAGAUACAUUACAAUUUACAUGCCUUGCCCACCAACCUACGUACGUAUAAUAGAGUUUGAGGAGUUGUUACUCAGACAUUAUUAUAUAUUGAUGACCAAAUAAUUAUUGAGUUCACGUUUGCCUUUUAGUUUGUUUUACCUUUACGAGUAGUGUGAAGCCACGACUCUCUCUUAGGAUUGCGAUGUGGGUCGGUGGCUGAGGUUGAUUACAUCCCAUAUACGUCUUCAGCUGUGGUAAGUAGAGGGUUUAGGGUUUUCAGGAUUAAGGACAAAACUAAUUAAGUACUACUCAAAACAAUACAGACUAGAGAAAAUUAAACUCUCCCUUGUUAGUUAGUAGAGAUAGAUCAAUCCCUACCAAUCCCCUCCUUGGCUUUAUUUGAUAGAUUGAAUUGAAGACAAUUAGGGAAGAUAAAUAUUAACAGUCUGUCAAUUUUCUUUCCGUCAUCACUCUCAUUCGGGUUAUAUAUAAAUAAAUGAUUGAUGUUUUU